AUGGCCGCCCUUGUCCCGUUCACUGAGUUCUUCCCAUUGUCGUCCAUGAACGCUGGCAUUGAGGAAUGUUUACUUACGAUGGGCAACGUGUUCAUGAGGUUUGGCCGUACAAUACUGGAUGUCGGGAGUCUAAGAAGGCAAGUAGAGUAUAUGGGCCGCUGCAUUUACUCGCUCUUCAGCCUAGCCACCGGCAUUGCUAUCUUGCCUUUAUCUCCAUAUCGUUGUUUUGAGAUAGCAUUGCCACUUUAUGAGCAUAAUAACGAAAUGGCGCUCCACACAGCUUUCGAGAGUCAAGACGUGGUCAGUGGCACGUAUUCUGAACCACUCGGGAUGCGCCCUGGCCUCCACCAAGGCCAUCGGUAUGGGCUGUGGGUUGAACGGGGCAUGACGCAGUCUUUGCACAUAGCUCCUGAGCAGUUUAGCCACUAG